AUGAACAUUCACAGCACCGCCGCCAGCGCCACGACAACCGGCCCUCACCCCCACCAGAGCCCCACCUCUCGCACCACCGACGUCAAACCCAGCAAAAUAAAAAUACACGUGCACGUACACACACGCCCCACACGACCAGCCUUCCUUCAAGCCGGACGCGGUACUUCCGCGCGCCUCAUAAAGUGCUGCUCCAAGGCUUCAAGCCAGAACGGUCGUCGCGACAGGGAGAGGGAGGAGAAGAAGAAGGAAAGGAAACACGGGGUCCCCGGGGCCAAGGAGGUCAGAAAGCUGCUGGCACAACCUUAG